CAGAGUUUGUGUAAAUGACGCCUUGCUCGUUUAAUCGGCACCAACCUCUUGUUUGACGGCACACCCUAAAUCUUGAGAUGCCCUCCUCUCCCUUCAAUAAAUUGGCCAUCAUCAGUUCUACUGCCCAGUGAUUGAACUAGUAAACUCCCACCAGUCUGUGUUUCUGACCCAGGAAAAAACAAAGAGUCUACAAUGACGCACAGUUAGUAUCAGACGCUACGUCUUGGCCGGAGCUGAGACUAUGAGCUAUACGCUUGAAAUUUAGGGGCACUUUGUGCCUGCUAACGCUCCGACCCAGACCUUUCUCUACCCAAUUUAUCAGGAAAAUUGUAUAAUAGCCUGACAGAAAACACAAGUGAGGAUAAUGUAACUUUACCGAAGAAAACAAAAAGGAAGAGAAAUGGAAUACAGUCAGUCACGCGCAUCGUAUCAAGGAAUCAUAAUAUUUCGGAGCAAAGUUUUGCAUAAAAAAUGGCUCACCUCGUGGCAAAUGGGCCUAGAGUUUCAAGCAGCCCCCUUCCACCAAUCUUCAGCAGAAACAGACAUCAACUAAACUAUGUAAUGCAACUUGCUUUCCUUCAUGGGGGCUUUUCUUGAAGUUUACUGGAUAAUUCCAGGACGUGGGAAUGCAUGGAAGGGUUGCAGUUCCUUUGCAUUCCAUCCCUUCUUGACUUCCAAAAAGACAAAACUGUUGGCUUGACUCAAAAAUCUUUGAGACCUCCAACCCUAUAAAGAUGGAGCCACGUCUAUACAAACUCAUCGAAAAAAUUUUCAGAACUGAUCCUUUUUAGUUACGCUAGUGACCGCAUCCUUAAUCCUCAUCGAUCCUCGAUCGCUGUCACGAUCAGUCCGCUUUUGUGCAUGUACUAGUCUUGGUUUUGUUUCUGAGAUUUCCCUUGUAGAAAGCAAGCUUCUUUCUGAUUCCAAGACAACUAAAUCAGAGUGCGCUCUUGAUUGUAAACAAAACCACGACCCCAUUAUCUCAAUCAAAAAGUUCAGAAAAUGAAUCUGUACGAAAAUAUCUUCGUGCAUAAUGGUGAUCCAGUGCUUCAGAAGUUAAUGUGGGGUUUCCAGACCGAACUUGUUUAUUUCGUUCAGCGUGAGUCCCACUCCCAGCCCGCUGUUUAUCUCCAGCAAUGUGUCUGGGGAGCUAUCGCUUCAACCCUCUUUGGAAAUUCAACGGCAGUCGUACGAGACACCCCCAUCAGUCCAGAAGAAGAAAAUCACAAUCGUCUCAUGCGGAGUCAAGAAAUGGAGUACGUCAGGUCAGCAUGGGCCACCUCGCCUCAGCAUUGAAAAGUGCUGAUUGACGCUACGGGGCUAGAGAAAAGUCGACCUAUACGCGAUAGGACAAAAAACCCAACUGUGUCUAACAGCGGAACACUCGCGAAUAGGCGGUGGGUUAUUAACACACUGACUGCCGGCUGCUCGUCUGCGAAGAUCCCGCUCGUCUGCCGAUUUUCCACCCUGUUGUUGCGGUUCGCAGCGAAAUAAAAGAGGGUGAGAUUAAAACCCACUUCGGCUGAGUUUGUGUGGUUGGUUGCCAGGGUAUUUCAGCCGCGAAUCAAGGGUACUCCACGGCUUGAAGAAGGGGACCUGGAUGUCAGGAGGUAGUCAUUGAGACCGGUCAGCGUUGCGCGGCAGGAUUAAACGUCAAGUACCUUCAACAAUCUGGCCACGUGUAACCCAUCGACUCGUUCAGCAUGAGGAUUCAACCAGACACAAGAUACCAUUGGACUGAUCGUGAAAAAUAGAAAGGGGACUUUUAAAAAGAGCUUUGAGGAAGAGAGUAUAAACUGCCCGGAAAAGACAGGGAAUCUUUCAAAACCGAGUUUGGACGGUGAACGGCCGAAUGACAAUUCUAACAUUGUAGCUUCUGUCUCCGAUAACCACACUUUAAAGCGCGAUAUUCUAAUACGUCGAAUGACGGCAAUCCGAAUUGCCGACUGCCACAUCCGAUUCUCUUGUGCUAUAUUUUGAGAGCACGAAAUUGAAGCCCGGGCCUACAUCGAAGUCGGUCGAGACUUGUCAGCACUUGAGCGAGACUGCACCGGGGAGGAUAUUCCCCUGCCCCACUGCUCACCGUUCCCCCAGCUCCGCCGAUAGAUUGAUCACCGUUCCGGAGCGGCACUGGAUCACUGACCGGGGCCAACUCUUGUAGCUGUAGGCGCGCCUGGAACAGCUCAAACAUUUCCCCCUAAAUCAAGUAUCGAUAACACUCUUCCGCGGUUGCCUACCGAAUCCUUUUCCCACGUUUUAGUUUGUAUAUUGUUGGCCGGGUUUUGCCGAGACUCCGAGGGCACUUCAAGACUUGGAGAAAUGAUGGUGCACAAUUCCAGCAGUUUUGUCGUGGGGCUUUUGUUCUUCCUCAUCCUACCAACGAAUAUCAUUGGACUCUGGUGGGCCGUCGGCAGUCCCCUCAACCUCGACCCCAACAGCAUCUGCCGACGCUCCCGCAAGCUCCGGGGCAGCGGCAACAAACAGCAUGACAUAUGCCGACGGGAGCCCGAGAUUGUGGACGAGGUGGUGAAGGGGACGAGGCUGGCGAUGAAGGAGUGUCAGUACCAGCUGAGGUACCAUCUUUGGAACUGCACCAUGCUGGGAAACUCUUUUGUCAAGAUUCUCAAACAGGACACCCCGGAGACCGCCUUUGCCAACGCUAUCACGGCGUCGGGUGUGGCCUUCACAGUGACCCAAGCCUGCAGCCUUGGCGACCUUCUCCAGUGUGGCUGCGCCGAGAGCACCAAGACUAGCGAGGGUCCCGGCCCAGACGGGACCUGGGAGUGGGGUGGGUGUGGCGACAACAUCGAGUUCGGCUACACCAAGUCCAAGGAGUUCAUGGACACCCAGAUCAGGAGACGGAGCGACGUGAAAACGCUGAUCACGCUGCACAACAACGAAGCCGGGAGACUGACAAUCAAGCGUUUCAUGCGGCGGGAGUGCAAGUGUCACGGUCUGUCUGGAUCCUGCACUCUCGAGACGUGCUGGGAGAAGAUGCCCUCCUUCCGUGAGGCCGGCACCCGACUGAUGGACCGAUACAAGGGGUCGGUCAAGGUGACCGGCGGCAACGACGGCGAGACGCUCAUCCCGGAGGACUCUACCGUCAAGCCCCCUACUGAGCUGGACCUGUUGUACUCCGUGGACUCGCCCGACUUCUGCGAGCCCAACCCCAAGACGGGCUCGCUGGGCACGGAGGGCCGGCGCUGCAACAGCACGUCUAUGGGGGUCGGAGGCUGUGACAUUCUGUGCUGCGGGAGGGGCUACGUGGAAGAGACGGUGAUCUACCAGGUGAACUGCCGCUGCCGGUUCCAUUGGUGCUGCGAGGUCAACUGCGACAACUGUACGGUCCAGGCCACGAUUAACAGAUGCAACGGCUACGGUGGCCUAUGAGCGACCUUAGGCAGAUGGGAAACUGAUACUUUGCCCGGCAACCAAACAUUAGUCUCGUACGUGUACGUCUACACUGCUGGUUCGCCCUUUCCUUCAAAUUCUGAUGUAAUCGGAUUUCACAUUUGUCUUUAUGCCUUCAGAACUCCUUUGGUCGUAUUUGAACUUAUAUAAAUCAAGCAACUUAAAAAUUAUAUUUAGCAUUUCGCCAUCACAAUAACAAUGUUAGCCUUCACUUUGAUUCUUAGUGCAUGUUUUUACAACUAUUUGGCAGUAUGAAAGAAAACGACGCAAAUAGCUUUAAUGUUUUCAAAGGUUACGAGCAUUUAGCAUAAAAGGCACAUACAUGAAGAUUGAAACGUGUGGAAGCUGUAAAUAUGAUUAUAUUCAUAGAAACACAUUGACGAGAGAAUUAAGACUCCGCAUUUAUUACUAAUUUUGUAAGAUGUAAAAUAUUUUUUAUAUCACUGAAUAUAAUUUUGUAAGGUCCAAAAGUUUAUUGUUCUUAUAUUUAAAUGCUUUCAGAAUGUCUUAGAGGACAGUGGCGAAUAAUUAUUAGGAAAACGGUGCCUUCAAAGAAUUGAAUGUUUUAGCAGUGCCUUUCCCCGUGCACUGUUAUUUUAAUGUUUACUCCGGAUUUCGGAUACUUCUGUUGUCGUUUCAAAGCAUAAAAUGUGUGUAAUUGUACGUAUGUUGUAUAUGUUAUGCAUGCUACUCGCAAAAUCGUAAGGUCUGUAGGAAAGAAUGAGCCGGUUCGGUAUUCCAACUGCGCAUGCUAAGUACGAGGCUAUUUGGGUUCAGGUACGCGCACGCAAUAGUUUGUCCUAUCAUUGCAGCCGUAACACAUGUACCCCGACUCCCGUGCACUUUGUUCCCGAAGGACCUUAGCUAUUUGAAAUAUAAAACUUGCUCAUUCAUAUCUUGGGUGGAAAUUCCUCCUUUUUAGGCCAGUCAUGCUACUGAAUGAUGGUAUUCAUACGUUUUUCUACGAUUCCAGUAUUCAUUAAGCAGUUUUUAUGUAUCGGCAAUUUUGCUUCCAGUGAAAACCAGCGGUGCACCCUGCCUUGACGAGCCUUGGGACAGGGCACCAAUUGCAACCUCACUCAAACUAUUGCUCCCGGAAUUCUCUCAACUGGAAUGAAAAUUGGUAUAUUAAAAGGUUAAAGUGAAAAGUCUCCAGGCUGGAAAGUCCAUGUACUGUGAGACUGCUUUGUGCUUUUGAUUUUUUUUAUACUAUCAAUAGUGUGUGACUGUGUUAAGUAAACGUAAAAAUGAAUUAAAUCACUGCAGCCAGUAACAUGUUUUCUUCCCUGUGAAAGGUAUUAUGAAGUGAAUCCUCGUCGAGCAGAAGCACCCCCUCAUUGGUUGAAUAGAGCCAUGUUGGUCGGGAGUGCUCAUUUAGCUGGU